AAGAGACACUGAGAGACGGACGACAAGAUUCACGCUCAGAGCUGAACCACCAUGUAGAGAAUAUUGGAAACACUGUAAACACUGGAGAUACUGGAAUGCUGCUUCAACCUGCUGUUGACUCCACUCUGAACCAGUUGUACACUUUUCAAGGAGCAGAGUGGGACUCUCAGGUUUCCUGUUGCAGUCGUCGGCCUGCUGUGUUUUCAGCUUCACUCAGAGACUAAAUGGCUUCCAGAUUAGAGGAGGAUCUCUGCUGUCCUGUCUGCCAUGACAUCUUUAAAGAUCCUGUCAUCCUGUCAUGUAGCCACAGCUUCUGUAAAGUCUGUCUGCAGAGCUGGUGGACUGAGAAUCCAAACCGUGAGUGUCCAGUUUGUAAAAGACAACACUUAAAUGAUCUGAUACAUCCUAACAUGGUCCUGAAGAAUCUGUGUGAGACUUUCUUACAGCAGAGAGGUCAGAGAUGUUCAGAGUUUCUCUGCAGUCUCCAUUUUGAGAAACUCAAACUCUUCUGUCUGGACCAUCAGCAGCCAGUGUGUGUCGUCUGCAGAGAUUCAGAAAAACACUCCAACCACACAUUCAGACCCAUCCAUGAAGCUGCACAACAACACAGGAAGCAACUUCAGGAAACUCUGAAGUCCUUAAAGAACAAGUUAAAGGUUUCUGAACAAGUUAAAGUCAAGUUUGAUCAAACAGCAAAACACAUUCAGGUCCAGACCCGACACACAGAGAGGCAGAUUCAGGAUCAGUUCAAGAAGCUUCACCAGUUUCUAAUGAAGGAAGAGGAGGCCAGGAUGGCUGCACUGAGGGAGGAAGAGGAGCAGAAGACUGGGAUGAUGAAGGAGAAGAUGGAGGCUCUGAGCAGAGAGAUAGCAGAUCUUUCAGACACAGUCAGAGCCACAGAGGAGCAGCUGAGAGCUGAAGACGUCUCAUUCCUGCUCAACUACAAGGCUGCAGUGGAAAGAGUCCAGCGCUGCCCCCUGCUGGAGGAUCCACAGCUGCACUCAGGAGCUCUGAUAGACCAGGCCAAACAUCUGGGCAACCUGAGCUUCAACAUCUGGAACAACAUGAAGGACAUGGUCUCCUACACUCCUCUCAUUCUGGACCCAAACACUUCUGAUUCAAAACUGAUCCUGUCUGAAGAUCUGACCAGUGUGAGAGGAGGAGUUAAACAGCAGCUUCCUGAAAAUCCAGAGAGGUUUAAAGAUCACUUCUCAGUCCUGAGCUCUGAGGGCUUCAACUCAGGGACUCACAGCUGGGAUGUCGAGGUUGGAGACAGUUCAGGCUGGUCACUGGGUGUUUCAGCAGAAUCUGUCCAGAGGAAAGGAAACAUUCGACCUGCAUUAUGGAUAAUAUUGUUCUAUAAGGAUGAAUACAAAGCAUUCUCUCCAUCACGUCUCCCCACUGUUCUCCCAGUGCAGAAGAAACUCCAGAGGAUCAGAGUGAAUCUGGACUGGAACAAAGGAAAACUGUCCUUCUCUGAUUCUGAUACUAACACACACAUACACACCUUCACACACACUUUCACUGAGAGGAUGUUUCCAUAUUUUUACACUUGGGUAAAUGAGCCACUAAAGAUUCUACCAGUGAAGGUGUGUGUGACUGUAGAACAACACUAACAGAUGAUGAUGAUCUCUGUCACUAACAUGCAAACUCUCCAAAAGCCACAGACAAGGAGAAGAUUCCACAACAGGACUUUGUGAACUCUGAACACAAACACAGAAAACAGCAACAGACUUUGGACUGACAUCAAGAAAACAGUCUUUGUAUCCGUACAUCUUUCUCAGUCAGUGGAUUGUUUGACAUGACUAUGUUGUCAUCAGAAUAAUCACCAGUUCAUCAUCAGAUUCUGAAGACAAAGAUCAAUAUUACUGUAGAAACAUUGAAUGACUUUGAUCAUCAGAUCAGUUCUGAAUAUGUUCUAUUCAUUUACUGACAAUAAAUUAGCUUUGAUGGUUAACUACAUAUAUUACUGAAUGACAGUUUAAACUGAUUUCUGUUUGAUUCCAUUUCGUUUAUUUUAUUUAGUUUACAUGUUACAUGUGAGCUGAAAUUGUGCUUUGAGUCACAUUUUAUUUGCAUUUCUAUUUUCUUUGAAAUUUAGUCAUUAUGCAUAAUAUGGUUUGGGUAUCUUUUGAUGUCUUUGCAAAUUCUAGUUUACCUUUUGGGUAAAAUUCUAAUUUGGAGAAAAUCACACAAGUUUUAUACAUUUCUGUUGGAAGGACAGCGAUAAUUUAGUCCUUUUGUCCCUUUUCUUUCUAUUUUACUUUGAAUUUGUUAAAUGCUUUGAUAUUGAGCAUUUUGGUUGAAGGUGUCUGUUUAGUUCCUGGGGAUUCUUCCAUGAUGUUUGGUGGCAGGUUCUUGUAGUUUGCAGCUUUUAAUCCUGAAGUGACAGAGAACCUGAGUAGAGCUUUAUGCUCAGGAUCACAUGUGAGGCUCUCUGGGAGUAACUGCAUAGCAGCGACUUUCUGGACCAACCUGUGUCCAGUAAAUCCAUUAUUGAUGUUAUUGCUGCUCAGAAUGUUGAAUCCAGAAUAAUCUUGACUGUCUCCCUCUUGAAGAAGCUUCUUCCAGGUAAAAGCUUGCAGAUGUCUGAAGUUGGAGGAAGCUGAGGUUUGGGAGGAGUUUCCAUGUCAGUGAUUGGUUGGAGUUGUACCUUGUUUGGUUUUGUUCUUUUGGUCUUUGGCUUAAUUUCUUUAUAAGAUCUGUAAAAUAAACUUGUUUUUAGUAACAACUCGUGUCUCUCCUCCU